UUGUUCAAUAAUUUUCAUUAUUUAAGAUAUGUCUACCCAGCGAUUGCCGUUUUCGGAAUUUUGGGUAACGUACUCAAUCUAAGUGUUUUGCUCAAUCGAAGCAUGCGAACACGGCCCAACACCUUUCUUGCCGUGUUAGCUUUCGCCGACAUUAUUUUUCUAUCAUUACUAUUUCCAAAUAUUCUCGCUAACUAUUCGUUCUUCACCUUCAACUACUACUUUCGAUAUUUCUACUUUCAUACGAAGGUACAUCUGAUCUCCAUGGCAAACUGGUGUUCAGCUGUGGCUAUAUGGUGUGUGAUAGCAGUGUGUGCGGAUCGCCUUGCUGGGAUCCGGGAUCCGCUCUACGCUCGAUCGGCAUGGUCGUGGUGGAGGUUGCCUAUCGUGAUUGUUACUGUUGUGGCAGUUGCCGGUGGGCUUACAUUCUAUCAAAACUUUGAGUAUUACUGUCUGGUCAGAUCGUACUGCCGUGAGACACAACUCUAUUCUAGGUGUCUGCCUAUUUACAGCGAGACCUGGUUUGGUAACCGAGAAAAUCCAUUUUCGCCGUUAUUUCGACAGAUCAUUUCGCUGUGUGUUCUCAUAUAUGCACUGACGAUGAUUAUUCUACCAAUAGUGCUACUCACAAUACUGAAUUUGAUGCUACUCUAUGCACUCAGGAAACGACAGAAGAACUUAACGAUGUCUGCCGAUUUAAAUGAGCGGCGAAAAACCGCCGGUCAACUUCAUCUCCAGAAGACGGAGCAUCGUGUUACGCUAACGGUGGCUUUCAUUGUCACAAUGUUCACUCUUACGAACGGUCCUUCAGCUUUAAUGCACCUCAUACGCACUGCCUACGGCCUCAAACAACAAGAACUGUACGAUCUGACGAUGAUUUGCAGGUCUGUUCGGUUGCUGUAA